CUCCGCCUUAACGAGCAGGAGAGCCGCGCUUCUUCCGAGGCCGCGGAGAGGAAGCGGCUGCCGGGGAUCCUCCACCACCCCCUCUUCGGCCAUGGCGGACAAACCCCUCCUGGACUCCAAGCAGGCGGAAGAGGUGGUGAGGGGCGUCCCGACGCAGGUGGUGUGCACAGCCUUUGGGAACACGAUCCUGGUGGUCGUGACCCAGUACGGGAAGAUGGGGACCCUCGUCUCCCUGGAACCGGACGCCAUGCCCGACAACCUCACCAAGCCCCUGCUUUCCACAAAAGUCCUCCUGGGCAAAGAUGAGCCUUUCCUCCACAUCUGCGCCAAACAUCUGGUGAGCUCCGUAUCCCAGCAGGCCGGGAACAAGCCCGUUCUCCUGGCCGUGGCCUUGAAGGACAGAAGCAUCGAGGCGAUCCGAGCCCUUCAGGAGGUGAUCCAGCAGUGCCGCGUCUGGUGAGACCAGAGUUCUCAUGUAGGAAGACACCGAACCUCCGUCCUCUUCCUCUUUGACCUGAGAUAUAGACUUUGACCCUUUUGGAAGGCUAGUGGUUUUGAAUACAUCUUUGCUACUCUGACAUAGGUUGUUGUUGUUUUUUUUUUUACUUUGUUCUUUGCAUUUAAAAAAAUAAAAUUAGGGGAACCCCUAACCCAAUUCUCCAAAACUGGGAAACUGAGGCUAGGAAAUAAACUGGGCGGGAAUCUUUGAUAGGUCUCCGGGGAGCAGACUGGCGGUGUGUACUCUCGUAUGUAAUAAAGGACCCUGUGAAGUCC